AUGACGUCCAAUCUAGCCUCAUGCAUCUUUUGCAAGAUCAUCAAGGGCGAGAUUCCCUGUUUUAAGCUCUUUGAGAGCGAGAAGACGCUUGCAUUUCUUGACAUCAACCCUCUCAGCCGCGGCCAUGCUCUCGUCAUCCCCAAGCACCACGGCGCCAAGUUGUCGGAUAUCCCCGAUGACCAGCUCAGCGAGAUCCUCCCUGUUGUGAAAAAGCUCGUUGCCGCAACCGGCGCCACCGAUUACAACAUUCUCCAGAACAACGGCCGCAUCGCCCACCAACUCGUCGACCACGUUCACUUUCACAUGAUCCCCAAGCCAAAUGAGACCGAGGGUCUCGGUGUCGGCUGGCCCCAGCAAGCGACCGAUAUGGACAAGCUCAAGGCACUCUUUGAGGAUAUCAAGUCCAAGAUGUAG